CCCCAACGACAAGGCGCAGAUGCUUGCAGACCGACCCCGACUUAACAUCAACUAACACGGACGCUGCCGCUCUUGCGAGAUCGUAGCUUCCGUCCUCGUGCCAUCAAGCCUCCAUGAGCCAGCUGCAGAUGGACCACGAGCACCACCACCAGGACUCGUAUGAGGACCAACAUGCGACUUGGGCCCACGCCAGUCACUACGACCCUAAUCAUCAAACGUCGGUGCAAGACUUCAACCACUUCAGCUAUGGCCCGAUUCCGAUGGAGCCCAUCUACACCAACGCGAUGCAGCCUCCGCCGCAGCAUCGGACAGCACACUCGCAGCUGCAUCCUCUGAUCAUGCCCCAAGUCACUCAAUGGCCGAGCAUGAUGACCAGCCAGUCUACCUACGUACCGCCCAUCUUCCCUUCAGCGCCGAUCCCAAUCACGCCAGUGUCCGCUACGCCGGUGUCAGCGACUUCAACGCACUCUGGCCGCACAUCAAGCACUCCGCGCAAGACUCUCACGGACGCUGACCGCCGGAGAAUGUGCCAAUACCACGAGGACCAUCCCACCGUUAAGCAAACCGAGAUCGGAGCAAUGUUUGGUGUAGAACGAAGUACCGUAUCCAAAGUGCUGCGCCAGAAGGAGAAAUAUCUCUACCAGGACGAUGGAAGCCGUUCACCCAUAAAAAGGUCGAAAGGCAAGUUCCCCGAUAUCGAGCGAGCACUGGCCAACUGGGCGCGAAACCAUCAGCGACAAGGUCUUCCUCUCACGGACACCAUCAUCCGAGAGAAGGCAAAGUUCUUCGCAACAACUGUGGGCAACAACGACAGCCACUUGAAAGCGAGCAGCACCAGCUGGCUUGAAAAGUUCAAGCAGAAGAACAACCUGCUAGGCUCAAAAUCUAGGAAGGGAUCCAUCGCUGAAGAGUCGGAGGGCUCGAAUCCGCCUUCGAAUGUCCACACUCCUGGUGGCAUCUCGCCUACCUCACCGAGCGGGGUAUCGCCCUCUCCACUGACGGUUUCGGCAAAGCCCAGCAAGGAGGAGCUCAAGACCGAGAGUCCGGAGGUGCACGACUUCGCAAACCACCGCCGCCCGUUCCACUCGCAGAGCAACACGUCUCUGUCAAGCGUCUUCACUGAUACUGCGCCCUCCUCGUUCUCAGCCGGUCCAACCAGCCCGACCUCCCUGUCAUCGCCUUUCUUUACACCAGACUCAGCAUGCGGACCCAACCCCUUUACUCUCAACCAGCAAGCCAGGGGCCAGCCGGGCAGUAGCAACUUCCAGCGACCACGAAGUCAGACGUUUCCGAUGCUAGUCGGUGUCGAACAGUACAUGUCACCGCCGCCAUCAUCAGAGGCGCUGACUCCUAAGUUCUUAAAUUCGACGGCGCUAGACUCUCCCAUGGACGAGUUCCAGCCAUCUCUGGCAGCGAUGGAAGACGCUAUGCAGGCUUCACCAACGACAGUCACGAACUCCAUGCAACCACCACCAUUGCCCAACGGCCUGACAACGAUACCAUCAGUCACGAACAUGCACCAGCCGAGCGUGUUGCAAAGCGUGGCAGAAGAUACGACACCUGGUUCGCCGUCACAAGAGGAGGCUGCGCGUGCCCUGGAGCUGGUUUGGACCUUUUUCCAGCAACAGCAUGAGGACUUCGUUGUGGAACCCCAGGAGUACGUCACCAUCGGCAAGCUCAUGGAGAAGCUCAAGAUCAAGCGCAGCUCGGAAAGCCUGCCAUCCGGAAUGCGCCGAACGUCGGAGCCCAAUUAUGGCACAGUCGAGAAGGUUGAGAGCAUCGACUCGUUACACUAGCGGUACCAUUACAAGCGUGGUGAUAUCCGUCCGGCCUUGUGAACGAUCGGAACAGGCGAUGUCGCACAAGUACCCGACCACGACAACUUACAUUCAUCGACACACUUCAAUCCGGCUUUAGGCCGGGGAAGCGCC